AGGGAGGAGUAGACAGGAGUAUAAAAGAGGGAGAGGAGUGAAGCCAACCAAACUGAGCUGCAGAAUCUGACAGGAGAGCCGCUACUAAACCCACAGGAUCUCAUCACCACUGCUUCUCCUUAAAAACACAAUGGAAACAGAGAAGAGGACCCAGACAGCAGAGCAGACAGAUAAGAGGGAUCUCUCAGAACAAAUCAAAGAGGUGACCAAGGAGAGUCAUGUCAGAGCAGAAAACACAGAACUGAUGCUGAGCUUCCAAAAGGGACAAGUCACACUUCCACAAUUUAAGCUCCUGCUGUGCUCCCUGUAUGAGAUCUACCAGGCCUUGGAGGAACAGCUGGACAUGAACUCCAACCACCCUGCUGUUGCUCCCAUUUACUUCCCUGCUGAACUGGCCAGGCUCAAGUCCAUCGAGAAGGACCUGGAAUACUUCAAUGGACCAGACUGGAGACAGAAGAUAGUCGUCCCUGCUGCAACUCAGAGAUACUGCCACAGACUCAGACAGAUUGGAACAGAGAACCCAGAGUUCCUUGUUGCCCACGCUUACACCCGCUACCUAGGAGACCUGUCUGGAGGGCAGGUCCUUGGCCGAAUCGCCCAGAAGUCCAUGGGGCUGAAAAGCAGCGAGGGUCUGUCUUUCUUUGCCUUCCCUGGCGUUUCCAGCCCCAACCUGUUCAAGCAGCUCUACCGCAGCCGGAUGAACAGCGUGGAGCUGACGGCGGAGGAAAGGAACGGCGUGCUGGAGGAAGCCGUUAGGGCCUUCGAGUUAAACAUCCAGGUGUUUGAUGGCUUACAGAAGAUGCUGAGUGUUGCAGGAAAUUCGCAGCAGGAAAGUUUAACAAACUCCACAACGGUUGUAAGGAAAACACUCCAGUUUCCAGGAAGCAUUUCCCCAAUGAUCAGGAUGGUCCUGGGACUCUUCGUGGCUCUGGCUACUGUCAUGGGACUCUAUGCAUUAUAGACCAGAGAAGGAAAAUACCGUGUAUUUUCUUAUUGGUAUAAUUUUAAUCCUGAUUUUGGUAACAUAAAGCCUUGAUCUAAUGAUCCUU